AUGGCUAUGGCAGAGUGCUCUGGUGGGGACAGUGGCAUCCGGGGCUUAGUAGCUUUAUACUACAACCAAGCCCAGGGCAAAGACAACUGUGAACUGGUCCAAGAGCUGGCAGUGAGGAGCUGUGCGACCCAGAUAGUGGCGGCCCAGAUAGUGGGAAUGCACCAACAAGGCAGUGUGCCAGAGACCAGUGUAAGUGCCGCUGACCAGCAAGGCAGGCAAUUGCCUUUGUCAGAGCAGGAGAGAAACCCCAUCCUGGGCUCGGUCUUUCCUCCACCCCACCCUUUCUUCAUUAUUCUUUGGAAGAUUCAUCGUUAUCAAGCCGCCAAAGUGGAGAGUGUGAUCGCAGAAGGGGGUUCUUCUCGUUUCAGUGCUUCUUCGGGCGAAGGAGGAGGUAGGGGUGCACCUGAGCACGAUCCCAAGACUGCUGGAAACAGCGAGUACCUGGGGAAAACCCCAGGGCCUAGCGUUCAGAAAUGGGUUCCUUCACGAAGCACUAGACGAGAUGUCAACUCCACUGAUGAAAAAGAGCAUCAGGAUGCAAUAUUUAGAAAAGUAAGAGGGAUACUUAAUAAACUGACCCCUGAAAAGUUUGACAAGCUAUGCCUUGAGCUCCUCAAUGUGGGCGUAGAUUCUAAGCUCGUCCUCAAAGGAAUCAUCUUGCUGAUCGUAGACAAAGCCCUAGAAGAGCCAAAAUACAGCUCACUCUAUGCUCAGCUAUGUCUGCGUUUGGCAGAGGAUGCACCAAACUUUGAUGGCCCAGGACCUGAGAUUCAAAACCCACAAAAACAGAGUACAACUUUCAGAAGACUUCUGAUUACCAAACUUCAAGAUGAAUUUGAGAACCGCACCAAAAAUGUUGAAAUCUAUGACAAAAAAGACAGCCCUCUCACUUCAGAGGAAGAGGAGCAGCGUGCCAUUGCCAAGCUCAAGAUGCUUGGUAACAUUAAAUUUAUUGGGGAACUUGGCAAACUUGAUCUCAUCCAUGAAUCUAUCCUUCAUAAGUGCAUCAAAACACUUUUGGAAAAGAAGAAGAGAAUCCAGCUUAAGGAUAUGGGGGAGGAUCUGGAGUGCCUCUGUCAGAUAAUGAGAACUGUGGGUCCUAGACUUGAUCAUGAAAAAGCCAAGUCUUUGAUGGAUCAGUACUUUGGUCGCAUGCGAUCGUUAAUGAACAACAAGGACAUGCCAGCCAGGAUUCGUUUCCUAUUGCAAGACACGCUGGAGCUACGGGAGAACAAUUGGGUUCCUCGCAAAGCCUUUAUUGACAACGGACCAAAGACGAUUAAUCAGAUUCAUCAGGAUGCAGUGAAGGAAUUGGGUGUCUUCAUUCCACCCAUGACCCAUGGAUUGAGAAUGGACUUUUUUCUGGAGGGGCCCUUCAUGCCAUUCAAGAUGAAAUUGGACCGAGAAACUCUGGGAGGAUUGGCUGACAUGUUUGGACAGAUGCCAGGCAGUGGUAUAGGAACUGGUCCAGGAGUAAUCCAGGACAGAUUCUCACCCACACUGGGACGUCACCGCACAAACCCGCUUUUCAAUGGCCACAUGGCUUUUGCACAGCCAUCUCAGUUUGACUUGGCUAUUAACCCCUUUAUGAAGUCUAAUCAGGGACAGAAUCAGCAUUUCCAGAUCCAUUCUGCCCAGCAGCAAGUUCAGUCCAAGGACAUGCACCCACGCUUCAAGAAGGGGCAACUCAAUGCAGAUGAGAUUAGUUUGAGACCAGCUCAGUCAUUCUUGUUGAAUAAGAACCAAGUAUCAAAGCUUCAGCCUCAGAUUCCAACCAUGAUGCCACCCAGUGCUCAGACACCACCACUUGGACAGCCUCCACAGCUUGGUCUGAAAACUAAUCCGCCUUUGAUCCAAGAAAAACCUCAGAAGACCAGUAAGAAGCCUGCCCCUACCAAGGAGGAAUUGAUCAAAAUGACAGAAACGUUAAUAGCAGAAUACCAGAAGAAUAAGAAUGUGGAGGAUGCAGUCAACAGUGUGAGAGAGAUGAGGGCUCCCAGACAUUUCCUGCCAGAAUUGUUGAGUAAGAUUAUUCUCUGUUCUCUGGAGUGGUCUGAUGAGGAUAAGGAGCAUGUUGGUACACUGAUUCACACACUGCGCACAGAAGGACUUGUCACAGGAGAAAAUUUCAUGCAGGCUCUGAUGAAUGUGUUGGAUCAGUGUCCUAAUCUUGAGACAGACAUCCCUUUGGUGAAGUCUUACCUGGCUCAGUUUGCAGCACGGGCUGUCAUUGCGGAGCUAGUCACCAUCGCAGAGUUGGCCCACCCUCUUGAAAAUGGCACCCACUUCCCCAUUUUCUUGCUGUGCCUACAGCAGGUAUCCAAAAUGAAGGACCGUGAUUGGCUCACUGAGCACUUCCAGCAGAGCAAGGUUAACAUGCAGAAGAUGCUCCCAGAAAUUGAUCAGAAUAAAGACAGAAUGGUGGAGAUUCUCGAAGGGAAGGGCCUGAGCUUCCUUUUUCCGCUUAUGAAACUAGAAAAAGAGCUCUUAAAGCAGAUCAAAGCAGACCCUGCUCCCCAGAGCAUUUAUAAAUGGAUCAAGGACAACAUCUCACCAAAACUUCACACUGACAAGGGCUUCAUCAACAUUCUCAUGACCAGUUUCCUGCAGUACAUCUCAGCUGAGCUGUGUCUGUCUGAGGGCGAUGACAACCUGAGUGCCCCCAGUAAAGAGCAACUGGAGCAGGAAAAGCAGCUUCUUCUAUCCUUCAAGCCUGUUAUGCAGAAGUUCCUCCAUGACCACACUGACCUGCAAGUAAGUGCCCUGUAUGCUCUACAGGUGCACUGCAACACGUAUGCUUUUCCUAAAGGUAUGUUGCUUCGGUACUUUGUUCAUUUCUAUGACAUGGAGAUCAUCGAAGAAGAUGCCUUCCUUGCCUGGAAAGAAGAUAUUACCCAAGAGUUCCCUGGAAAAGGAAAAGCUUUAUUCCAGGUAAAUCAGUGGCUGACAUGGCUGGAGACAGCUGAGGAAGAGGAGUCAGAAGAGGAGGCUGACUGAAGGAAGAAUCACCUAUCAUUCAACCCUGCCAGUUACCCCACUGCAACAGCACAUGCUUUUCACCUCCAAUACAUUCUGCUGUUUUGCUAGAUCCAGUGAACAUCUUGAAACGUAUUACUGUAAUCAGAAUCUUGGCUAUUAAUGUAAUAUGGAUACAUGAGUUACAUUUACUUUAAUAUAGAUCAAUUUGUUUUACUGGUGAAAGUUACAUAUUGGGGCUUGCUUGACAGCUAAACCUGAGCAGUGAUUUUAGUUCUAGUUUUGUUAGCACAAUAAUAAAUGCCUGUGUGAUUCGGUUUAAAUCAUUUUAGCAUGUCUGUGUUUUUGAACAAAGUUGGUUGAUGCGUUUAAAUGGCUGCUUCCAAGGAACACACACAAGAUCAUGUGACUUUAGGCAGUGCAUUGUCUUUUUAUCCUUCAACAUGCAUGACCUUCCGACUCUAAUCAGAGAUUUUUGUUUCUAUAACCUUUUAGUAGUUGUCCAUUUCUACCUCAUUUAGAAUAUCAUGUACGACACACUACUUGUUUCCAGAAUUUGCAGCAAAGCUUUAAUGUUUAUUGAAUACUGUUCUUUGUAAGGAAGAAAGGAAAAAGGGGUGACGGAUAUGUCCUUGUUCUCCUGCAUUUCUGUAACAACUUCAACUUUUGACUCUGAUGGAUAAAUAAUGCCUUUGUCAGGUACAAUGUUGCAGUAGCAAAUUUCUGCAGUAUUAUUGCAAUGUGGUUGCAAUGGUAGAUGCAGUAGCUUGUUAUUGUUAAUGGAUAGAAAUUCUACUAAAAACAAAAAUCCAAACAAAGUGGGUAUUUUCAUUGUUAAUAAAUAAACUUUACUUAUUAAAAAUGAAUAGAUAACCCACCAUUCUGCUUUUUAUUUUCAGAUUAAGUGAAAGUAUUUUGCCCUUGUCAAUAAGUAAUACACAGGAAACCUGUUA